AAAACUACCUCCCCCUGUGGUCCAUACUUUUAUUCUUCAAUGUCCGUCAAGAAACAUCAAGCCCUCGACAAUCAUUCUUAUCAUGUGUACUGCUCCGCAUAGUCCUAAUUGCAUCAGUACAAUGCACACAUUGACUACACGUCACUGGGAAAUCUAAACAUCUGUGCCCGCCUUUGCGAGGUCCUCUGAACCGUCGACGCCGUCACCGUCACCCUCGUGGCCGCCAUCUCUGAUUCCCAUGCCACUCGUUAACAGGACAAUCGUUUCUCUCGAACUGCGGCAGGAAACCAUAUUCAACCGUCAUCUGCGACGAGUACUCGUUGACCAUUCUGCUGUCCUGUCAAAGAUUGCACCUCCAGGAGUUUGUACUUGCCUCGACUUCCAUGUUCUACAUGUUUGAACAUCCAAAGAUCCAAGUCUUUUUGGCCUGCUCUCAUACGCACCGAUGCACUGAUUGAUGCUAAUCGAACCUUGUACUACGGUGCUUUGACUGGUGUUCUGACGACUACAACCAACCUUUUCUGCGCCCUCACCCACACUUUCUCCGGGUGGCAAACUCGAUUCUCUGCCACUGACCCGUUCAGUGAAGAAUGCUAGAGCUAUAUGCCGACGGACACAACCUCAGACCCGACCGGUCGCUUCCCUCACUCGUCGCAGCCACCCGCUAUCCAUAGUUCUACUCAGUCACUCAAGCGUCCUUCCCAAGACUCCAGAACAACUUCUCCUUCUGUUGACAGACCCGUUCGGAAACAAGCAAGACACUCCUCCGCGACCGCGCCUCAUGCUCUCAGUCAAGAUGAAAUAACACACCGAGUGCUCGGAAGCCAGGAUGAUGAAGGGAAAGAGGUGGAAGAAGCCCACACUACAACCCUCCAACACGACCUGUCGCCAACCAGUCGGGGGCCGGUAUCGCUGCUCGAGGCCACCGCGACUAUUCUGAGUCGAGGGGAGAGCAUGACACCCACCAGAGAGCCAGUACUCGGGCGAGGAUUUGUGGGUAGCUCCAUACCAAUUCGGUCCUCGUCUCAUGGUACACCUGUCGUGAAUGAACAAGUUUCGGGGCCAAGGCAUCGCGCUCCCUCAGACACAAAACCAUCGAGCAGCGCACAGCUUCUACAUUCGGUUGCCCUCGUCGAGUACUUGCAAUUGGAUGAACGUCCUACGCUUGUGGUGGACAUCGAUGAUGCAUCAGAUUCCAGGAAUGGCCUUCGAAUCUUGUUCGCCAACACAGCCUUGAAAUCUCGUGGCUCAUUAUUCGACCAUGUUCAAGGGCGUUCAGAAGAUUCUACGCUUUUGUUGGAUCUCGGCACAUCUUUCAACGACUUCAAAUCAUGGGUCUUGGUCCCAGCACCAGGGCUAGACAUCGUAUCAAAGUUCCCCUUUGCAGGACUUCUAUGGCAGGCCUCCUUGAUUCGGAGACGGCUUAAGGUGAUUCAUGGUUAUCCACAUACCUUUUCACCACCUGCCACGACUGAGAAGAGCUCGCGUAUUAAUAUGCAACAAUUCCAAGGUCUGGGUUCCGCAACAUCAUCUGCCACUGCGCGAGGCGAGCUCACAUCAACGAGCUAUUUCGAUAUUUCUCCAAGGCCGAGUACACACAUUCCACGGACGAUUGAGGAUUUGGCGAUAAGCAUGUCCAGGGGAUCUCCAAACACAUCUGAUUCAGAUUCUUCUGUUCCUCCCAGCGAAAUGGAGUACACUAACGGUCCUUCUGGUCCAUUUUCUCCGGGCAGGACCCAGAGCGCUAUUCCCCUUGCUCGGACCGACGAAGAUUCUGCAAUGACAGUCCCACUGCAAGAGAAAAGCUGUUUCGACUGGACACGUCUGCCUAUGUCGCCCUCACUCCCACCCCAUGUGCGAUUUGCUCGCGGGGUCGAUUGGGCAAAGACUAGCCUCGGGCCCAUUGAGAACUGGUCUGCUGACCUUCGAGGCAUGUGUAAUCUGAUCAUGGCCAGUCCUCACCCAUCAGCCAUGUAUUGGGGAACCGAUCAUAUUGCCAUCUACAAUGAAGCUUACAUUCUGCUUGCUGGUCAAAAGCACCCUAAGCUUAUGGGUUCUCGUUAUCGAGAUGCCUGGAGUGAAAUUUGGGAGCCACUGGAAGCUGUGUUUGAGAGUGCCUUCAAGGAUGCUCAAGCCACAAUGAAAGACGACGACUGUCUCUUUCUCACUCGCAAUGGUUUCCUGGAGGAGACCUAUUUUUCUUGGUCAAUCAUACCGUUGAUUGGAAGUGACGGGAGUGUGAUCGGUCUUUACAAUCCUGCUUUCGAAAAAACUCGACGAAAAAUCGCUGAGCGAAGGAUGCUCACACUUCGAGAGAUCGGUGAAUGUACAGGUACGGCAAGAAAGGUAUCACAGUUCUGGGGCCUGUUACUGGAAGGGCUAAAAUACAAUGAAUAUGACGCGCCAAUGGUUAUGGUUUACUCUCUCAUGGAUGAUUCCUCUGAUAGCGAGGUGAUUUCAUCUGCUUCAAGUGGCGGCGCGUCGAACAAGGUCUGUUACUUGGAAGGCACGCUGGGGAUUCCUUCAGAACAUAAAGCCGCACCACAAUCCGUUGACAUGAAGACCGGGACAGCAGGCUUUGCAGCUGCCUUCCGACAAGCCUUAACAGCCGACAGACCAGUUGUCCUUCGUGUAGAUGACGGGACCCUAGCGCCGGAGAUGCUGGAUGGUAUCGAGUGGCGCGGGUUUGGCGACCCUUCCAACAUCAUUGUCAUAUCCCCAAUCCGACCUACUACGGGCGAGUCAACCUUGGGAUUUCUUGUUAUGGCGACGAACCCGAGAAGACCAUAUGAUGAAGACUAUGAUCUUUUUGUGCAGCUUCUAGGACGACAAUUAGCAACCUCAAUUGCGUCGGUAGUUCUCUUUGAAGAUGAAAUAAGGAAGGGCGAGAAAGCGGCUCGAUUAGCCGCUCAAGACCGAAUCGAGUUAAAUAAUCAGUUGGUUGCAAAGACACAACAAGCAGUAGAAGCAGAGAACAAGUUCACCAGAAUGGCAGAGUUGGCGCCGGUUGGCAUGUUCAUCGGCGACACUGAAGGCAAGAUCAACUUUGCCAACGAUGCAUGGUACAAGAUUACCUCGUACACACGCGAUGUUUUGGUGGAUGCCGAGUGGAUCAAGUACGUUGUCGAUGAAGAUCAGGUCAAGGUGCGUGAAGCGUGGAAGAGCAUGGUGGAUAAGAGGUCCGCAAUAUCGAUGGAGUUCCGUUUCCGAAGACCAUGGCGAGAUAAGAUUGGAAACACUGGUUCAACCUGGGUUCUGAUGAGCGCAUCCCCAGAACGAGAUGAGGACGGACAGGUUCAACGCAUCUUUGGGUCGAUGACGGAUAUCAGUGCGCAAAAGUUUGCCGAGAAGCUCCAGACUCGCAGAAUGGAAGAGGCUGUCGAACUCAAAAGACAGCAGGAGCGAUAUAUCGAUACCACGUCACACGAAAUGCGCAACCCACUAUCUGCGAUUCUUCAAUGUGCUGACUCAAUCACCAGCUCCUUGACCGAAAUGAUUGAAGCAGACCAGUGGACUUCGGCGCAGCGAGAGACUAUCGAUCUCACGAUUGACUCAGCUCAGACGAUAACUCUGUGUGCUCAGCAUCAAAAGAGAAUAGUCGACGAUGUUCUUACUCUUUCCAAACUUGACUCCGCGAUGAUGGCUGUUUCACCUGCAGAUACACAGCCGAUGAGUGUGAUUCACAAAGUUCUCAAAAUGUUCGAAGCAGAACUAAAGACAAAUGAUAUCAAGUUAGACGUCAACAUCGAUACCUCCUACGCAGGCCUGCACGUGGAGUGGGUGCGACUCGAUCCUCAUCGGCUUUCACAAGUCUUGAUCAAUCUAAUGACCAACGCUAUCAAGUUCACAGCAACGCAAGAGAACCGCACAGUUCGGAUGCACGUAGCGGCGUCGAAUUCCCGGCCUUCACAAGAAGACAAGUGGCGGUUGACUUACAUCCCAUCUUCAACUCCUAAAGAGAAAGAUGUGACUGCAAGUGCAGAAUGGGGUUUAGGAGAGCCUAUCUAUCUCCAUUUUGCUGUACAAGACACCGGAAGGGGCCUGAAUGACCUGGAGAAAAAGCAGCUCUUUCAGCGAUUCUCGCAAGCCAGUCCUCGCACGCACGUCACCUAUGGUGGUUCUGGAUUGGGACUAUUCAUUUCGAGACAGCUUGUCGAGCUCCAGGGAGGUGAGAUCGGCGUCGCAUCGGAAACCGGGAAGGGGAGUGUGUUUGCUUUCUACGUCAAAGCCCGCAGAUGUCAGCGUCCCGAUGGUGCAUCGGAAGACGAUCAAGCUUGGCUACGAAAAGGCUCCAAGUCAUCGCUGAUGUUGACACUCAACAAUCACACUCACCCACCGUCUCAGACGUCUCAGAAUCCUGUCAUCCCAGCAUCGCUGAGAAGCCCGGUUCUCAGGAGCUCCCUCCAUGUGCUCGUCGUCGAGGACAACCUGAUCAACCAGAAGGUCUUGGCUACUCAGUUGCGGAAGAUUGGCUGCGAGGUUUAUGUUGCAAAUCACGGCGGCGAAGCCAUUGAACAGAUCCAAGAAUCCAAGUUCGACCGAAGGCACAUCAAGGACGGCAUAGACAUCGACAUUGUGCUGAUGGACUUGGAAAUGCCCGUCAUGGAUGGCCAGACGUGUGCGAGGAGACUCCGCGAGAUGCAAGAGUCGGGAGAGCUCGUCGCGCAUAUUCCAGUCAUAGCUGUCACGGCCAAUGCGAGGGCGGAGCAAAUCGAAAUGACGUUGAAGAGCGGCAUCGACGACGUCGUCAGCAAACCGUUCCGCAUCCCCGAGCUUCUUCCCAAGAUGAAGGACGUGAUUGCGAGGGUCUCAAAGACUCAGGACGAAGGAUAGCUUCCGUCGUUGUUGGGUGAGUUGUCAGCUCGAGAUCGAUUCGACCCGCCGCUAUCCACGAAAGGGCGAUAUUCCCGCAAUAGAGUGUUUGGCUCUGAGAAUGUCUGGCCCCCUCCCAUGUCACCCAACAGAGCGAGAAGGACGCAUUCCCAUCACAUUGCACCUCGACUGUGAGACACGGUGGGCACUUGGUUGAAUUGCCUUUGACGAUAAUCACGCCAAGGCAGUACAAAGUCGUGACAAAGGUCGGUACGAACAAAGCUUGAGUUGAUACCUAAAGAAAGUGGGAGCCGAGUAUGCAUACAUACACAUGACGUAUGACGGGACGGCGGAGAGGUCCAGCCUCGUCGAUAUCCGAAGAGUUGGGCAAAUGGGAGGGGACAGACGUAACAUUAAUUUUCCUUGGAAAUGAACAACACUCAACCCCCGUUGAGAGGCGGUGAGAGUGUGCGAUGCAGACACGACGAGUCCGGAGAUCAUGAGAAAUGAAGGGAACGUCCGCACCAAAAGACACGCGAUGGAGAUAUACGGUAUACAGCAGACCCAAAUAUAUUCCCCCUUAUAGCAUCUAUCAACGUAUCACUAUCCAUCAAACGGACAUUUCAUACGUACACCUAGUAUAG